AGGUUAAUGUUUUACGCGGUUAGAAGUGAUUUCACAAGAAGACAUACUAUUGGAGUAGUCAUGGAAUUGAAGGUCCAUUGCUAGAAAUUUAUGCAAGUAAAAAGGGCAGUCCGGUGCAGUGAAGCUACCGUUAUGCGCAGUGUCUAGGGAAAGGCCCCACCACAAGGGUGUAUUGUAUAUAGCCUUACCUUGCAUUUCUGCCAGAGGCUGUUUCUAAGGCUUGAACCCGUGACCUCCUGGUCACAUAGCAACAACUUUACCAGCAACUUUCUCAAAAUUUGACUAAGAUGGCUUGGAACAUUGCAAAUAUUUCUAGCUUACACCGUGUAUACUCCGCCAAACUUGAAAAACUUCCUUGGUAAUUUCUAGUGAAAACAAUGAGCAAAUGGAAGCUAACUGCCAAGUAUGCAGUGUUCCUUUUACAUAUCAAACUAUCUUUACUUGCAUUUUGGGGUGUGACUAGAACCUUUUCCUUUUCCUGUUCUUUUUCUUCUUCUUUUUUUCCAACUUUGGAUGUAUAGCCUCUAUUUCUACAGGUUAAGUCAACCAUUUUCGGAGACUUCGGUCCUGAAAUUGAUUAGAAAUUGCCUGGUAUAUUGCAGAGUCAAGAAGUCAAGUCUUUCUACUGGUGCAAAUUUCUACAAAGGCUAAUGUGGAAACUUCCUAGUUUCUAAGCUUUACCUUUCUUUACUCGAUAAGUCUGAUUACAUUUGGUUCCACUUAGUAUUUCUUUUAUACGAUACAUGUCUGGUCAGCUAGAGUUGCAAUUCACAAAACUUCAGCUAGCUUUGUUCAUCUUGCAGUAGGAUUUGCGAUAUGGCUUUGGCUUCUUCUUUUGUUUGCUUUCUUCUAUCACUUAUUCUGAUCUUAGUUCAGACAAAGGGCGGAAAUGAUUCAACUUGUCCGAAGUUGUUUUCAUGUGGAAAUCUUACUGACCUGAGCUUUCCUUUCGCUCUUUCUACACAACCUGACUGCGGAAUUAUGCCCGUGUCUGGUUGUGAUGCUAAACCAUAUCCAAGAAUCGAACUACUUCCCGGAGGAGAUUGGUACUAUGCUCUAGGCAAGGAGUAUAGUUAUACAGUUAAGCUCAUGGACCCCCUGCUUCAAACCACGUUUAGGCGACACACGUGUAAAGCUUUUAACAAAAAUAUCUCCCUUCCAGACUCUCCUUCUAUUUCUUUCAGACUCCUCCCCGUGAAUAUUCACAACUUCUUCAAAUGCAACAUCACUAGUACUAACAACCCAACUAUUACUCAGAAGAUGACAGAUCAUUUUUCUGGUUAUGAGUCGUACGAUGGCUGUGAUGGAUUCACCAUAUACUACAAAUUUGAUGGAGUUGAUGAUAAAGACAUUCUAGCGGGCAAUCUUACUGCCAAUUGUUCGCUUAUCGGAUUGCCAUGCUACCCAAGAAGAGUAUAUGAUAAUAAUUUGGUCAACUUGUUAAGUCCUGAAUUUUAUGUAGUAUGGAAACUGUCUGAUACCUGUUACGAAUGUCACUAUGGUGGAGGUCAAUGCCAGACUGAUAAGAACGACAAUUUUCAUUGUUACAAAGAUGGGACUAGAAGCAAGUUGGGACGGACUCUUGGAGCAGUUUUUGGUGGGGUAUUAGUUAUGAUAACUUGUUUAGCCGUCUACUUUAUCUGGCGUUACAAGAAGAGGAAAUUUAGUCCAUCUCGCUUCUUCUCAGACAUUUUUAAACAUGAUGUUGAGGGAAGCAACAUAUAUUUUGGUGUGCCAGUCUUCUCUUAUUCAGAACUUGAAGAAGCCACGAGUGAUUUUAAUUCCUCGAGAGUCCUUGGAGAUGGAGGCUUCGGAACUGUUUACUAUGGAAAACUUAAGGAUGGACGAGAGGUUGCUGUAAAGCGCCUCUACGAGCACAACUGCAAGCGAAUGCAGCAGUUUGUAAAUGAGAUUGAGAUCCUUACCAGGCUAAGGCACAUUAAUCUUGUCACCCUAUAUGGAGGCACUUCAAGGCGCAGCCGCGAACUACUCCUAGUCUAUGAGUACAUUCCUAAUGGAACUCUAGCUGAUCACCUUCAUGGCGACAGCGCGAAGGACUUAUCACUCACUUGGUCAAUCCGCAUGAACAUUGCCAUAGAAACUGCUGGUGCAUUGGCUUACCUGCAUGCUUCUGACGUAAUACACUGCGAUGUCAAGACAGACAACAUACUCCUUGAUCACAACUUUAGCGUUAAAGUUGCAGAUUUUGGAAUAUCACAGCUCUUCCCAAACGAUGUCUCUCAUAUUUCAACUGCACCCCGGGGUACCCCUGGCUAUAUCGAUCCAAAGUAUCACGAAUGCUACCAGCUGACUUGUAAAAGUGAUGUCUAUAGCUUCGGGGUGGUCCUUGUCGAGCUCAUUUCAUCAAUGCCAGCUGUGGAUAUGAACAGGCAUAUACAAGAGAUUAAUUUGGCUAACUUUGCAGUAAACAAGAUUGUGAAACGUGCAUUCAACGAGUUGAUUGAUCCAUCUCUGGUGUUCGAUUCAGAUAACAUGAUCUGGGAUAUGACAACUUCAGUGGCAGAGCUGGCUUUUCUAUGCUUACAGACAGAUUGAGACAUGAGGCCUACUAUGGUUGAAGUAUUGGAUACUCUAAAGGAGAUUCAGAGUAGUGAAAAUGUCAUUGUUGAAGCAAGUUAAAUCACUACAUUCGCCAAAUUCUGACUGAUAAAUGUAUUACUUGCUCUAGUAUAACUAAUACAAACUAGUAAAUGUUCUAUAUCCCCCUUUCUUCGGGAGCCUUGGAGUAACUAGUAAAGUUGCUGACAUGUGACAAGGUGGUCACGGGUUCAAGCCUUGAAAACAGCCCCUUGCAGAAAUGUAAGGUGAGGCUGCGUACAAUAGAUCCUUGUCGUCAGGCCCUUCCCCGGACCCAACGCAUAGCAGGAGCUUAGUGCACCGGGUUGCCCUUUUUAUCCCUCUUCCUUUGUUAUUGGUGUAAAUUUUAAGAGUCCAUGAAUGUACUACUGUGACAAGUUUCUUGCUACAUGUUGCACGUA